AUGUCGCGAUCCCUACCGGCGAAAAACAACCCACUGAUUCUCGCCGACGCAACUCCCGCCUAUGAUGAACUCAUCAUACGUCGCCGCCUCGGAAGAUCCAAAAUCACCGCCAAGCCGGGGCUACUCAACGCCUGCAGUGCGACUAAGCCCGAGAACCUGGGCGUGUUCGAGUAUGUUCACCUCCGGGCUUCGCUUCCUCAGGAUCUGGAGGGUUCAGAGAUCUUCCCAUCGCGCACCAACAGUUACUAUUUGAUGCGGAGAAGUAAUGAUGGUUUUGUCAGCGCGACGGGCAUGUUCAAGGUCGCAUUCCCCUAUGCUACGGCUGAGGAGGAGAUGAAGGAGAGAGAUUAUAUGAGAUCCCAGGAAUACACAAGUCAGGAGGAAGUCGCUUGCAAUAUAUGGAUACCUCCUGUGUGUGCAUUGGAGCUCGCGAAGGAAUACAAGAUGUACGACUGGAUUCGUGCCUUGCUAGAUCCUGCCGAUAUCAAGCAGAACAGACUGAUCACUAACAUCACUCCGCCACCGAAAUUUGAGCUGCCGAUGGAUGAGUCCAAUGAGUUGCGACGCAACCACAACCACAGCCCCCAGCUUGCUAUUUGCCCAAGCAAAGAUUCUACUUCUUCGCACAUGCUACCACAAGCUCAAUCUAUAAAUGAUGAGCUAGGCGCUCCGUCCACAAUCGGUGCCGAUGACAACGCCCAAAAGACUCACGAAAUCAUUGCUUUGAUGGAAGCCACAAAUGUCGUCCCUCUUCCCGCGAAGGCUGAGGCUGAUUCUGAUGAUACAGAAGUGAAAACCAAAGAGAGGGAAUAA